AUGGCCGGCAGCAGGGACGAUGAGAAUAGAGACUACAGUGGCGCUAGUCAUUAUCAAGACUAUCAGGACCAGUGGCGCUUGUUGGAACAACAGCACCAGCGGCGUCUAGCAAUGGCACGAUCGGAGGCAGACACCGAGAGCGAGGCCCAAAGCAGCAGUAGCCCCUUCGCUUCAUUCAAGAGAUUCGUCGACAGCAACUUCAACACACUGAGCGAAAGCUUCAAGAACUUCCCAUCCAACGUCUCCGAACUGCGGUCCAGGAUGCAGCGCGAACAAGAGCGGCGGCAAGAGGAAGAGCAGGACAUCUCAGAAGCGUGGACGGGGUCCUCCGAUUCUCCGGAUCAUGUUCAGAUGGAAGUGCUAAGAAGCUCAAGAGCUGAGAAGGAUGAAGCCCACGCUGCUACGCUCAUGCUGUUGACCGAAGCUUUCAGACGAAAUGCGGACGUCCCGGCGGAGAAGAUAGCAGCGCUCUACGAGGAUCGAGAAAGCACGCUUGGAGAACUGGAUCGUCUGGUCAAUCCUAUGCUGGCUCUUGGAGGAGCGUGGUUUUACAUGCCGGAGACAGGUGACAGAUUGCCCGUAGGUAGGGACAAGUGGCAGUGGAUGGCUCCUUCGCCACGUUGGCUCUCUGUCGAGUGGUUCAAACGCAGCCCUUACUCACCCAUUCGACUAGAGAAGCACCCAGACCUUGGACCGGAAGGCUCAAAGUGGCGAGCAGCUUUCGAAGACCUGAUGGACGCCGCUUUGGACAAGCCGAUGGCAUCGUUCGAGCAGGUGGGCAUCAGAGAGCCACAUGGCAGGCCGCAGUCUACAUAUUGGGGCCCUGGACUCGAAUGGAUGCUCAGUCUGCAAUGUCGUGGCAUCCUGCCCCCGCUGCUUCCACGCUUCUUCAAUGAUCCCCGAGGCAAACUGACUCUACGUGCUGCCCCUCACCACAUUCUGUCCCAAGUGCAAAGGGACCUACCUUGGUCUAGCGAACAUGCCUUGAACUGGCACAGUGCUCUCAAUCGCGACUUCUCAGAGCUGAUGUCUGAAGUCGCCAUUAAAUCCACCGCGGAAUGGGAAGCCGAACCAUUCCCAUUGACCGCCCAGCCCGAGACCGAGCAAGAUCUGUACGACUCUGAGCAUCUUUGUCCACCAGCUGUGUCGCGAGCUUUUGGAUCGCCGAGAUACCAGCCAAGCAAAGAGGAAGACUGGGCAGAAGCCGACGUCGCGCUCUGGGAAGCAAUCGAUAACAAAAGUCCUGCCGCUGCCGCACAAAUCAUAAGCCGUUGGCACAAGGAGCAUGGCGACGUUAUGGAGCUUGUCAUCAAUUCAUUGACCGCGCUAUCCCAGACAUGGUCCAGUGAACCGCACAAUGGGAGCUUCUCCGUCCUGACUGAGGCCAUUCGACGAAGUGAUAUUCCCGAUCAUCAUUAUUUGAAGCAAAGGGCGUUCAGUCCUGAAUUUGAAGCUAUGGAGGAAGCGGAUCAAGCAGGCGAGGAAGAGAGGGCAUACAGGCAGCGAUUGAUGGAGCGCGGCGAUGAGCUUGCUGGACGUUAUCUUCCCUGGUCAUUGUGUUCUACGAGAGAGUUGGAGAGGAAGAUCGUUGGGAUGGAGCAAGAGUAUGGCAACCUGUUGGAAAUGACGGGAGAGACGAAGCAGGCUCCAACGACCUCGGAUGCCGCCUCAACCAAAAAGCCAGACGUGCUUUCUGCUCUCACCACCACCCAAACGACCAGGCUGCCCGAUGGAACGGUGACGACGACCGUCGUUCUGAAGAAGCGUUUUGCCGACGGAAGAGAAGAGACAACGGAAAGCGUGCAUACCACCAACGAGAAUGUUACAGAGCAGCAUCAAGCCGCUGCGGAACAUCAGCAGAAGAAGAAAGGCUGGUUCUGGUCAUGA